GUUUCCAAGGAAUAGAUUAUAAUAAUAACAGCGGUUAUUUAUUAGAACAAUCAAAUCAUUUCGAUCAUCAAUUAUACAAUACAGUCGUUCCUUCUUCUUUCGCAGAGUAUGCUUGUGAUAAUGAUGGAGGUUUCUAUUGA